AUGCUUCACUCGCGCAGCGCGGCACUCUGUCUGCUUGUGGCUGCAGUUGCUGGCUGCGAAGACAUGUCACUAUUGCAGUUUUCGCAGACAGGUCUUCAAGACUCCGGAACCAACGGCACUGUGGCCGCGGCGAAGCCGGGUGACAAGCGGUACGCACCGGACCAGGUAGCACAGCUGUUGGUGCCACUGGUCCCAAUGUUCGAUGCUGCGCCAUCUGCGCAGUCCUGGGUGCUGGUUGAGUCUCUUCAGUCCCCGAAAGCUGCGAAAGAAUAUUGGAUCAUGACUGUUUGUUUGAUUCUCCUGAUAUUGCUAGCCAUCAGUCCUAUUGCAUCAAAGAAGGUCUUACAGUCUUGCUGCUCGUCAUGCUCCUUGGCGUGCUCCGAAGUCAUGGGGGUCUCUUUGAGUGACCGAAGGUCCUACCUGACGAGUUUGGUCUCUGUGAAGGUCUUUGUAAAGGAAACCAUCAACCAGGGCUUUCCCUAUCCGGAGUCGAUCACCGCUAUGCAUAUGUUGGGGGUUUGCUUGGUCACUGGAUCGUUGCAGCGGCCCCACAUCAAGGAAGCCCUGGCCGUGCUGCCUAUAUCUUUACUCCACGGCGCCUCCUUGAUGACCAACAACACCGCCCUGCUGUAUGGGGGAGUGGCCUUUGUCUCCAUGAUUUCAGCGAAUAUUCCUUUCAUCAUAUUCCUCCUGGAAGUUGGCAAAAAGAAGCGCACCAUGGACUGUGCUUCGGUCGCCGCAGUCCUGUUGGUAUGCUGCGGAAGUAUCUUCUGUGUUUAUGGUGAGCCCGCCGCCUCGGUCUCUGCCUUUCUGCUGGCCUCGGCCUCCGCCCUUCUGGGCGCCAUGCGGGCGGUGUGGCAGCACGAAGUCGUGGUGAUUAGCUUGAGCCCGCUGAAUAUGGUAUUUUGGAAUGGUUUCUGGUCCUUCUGCAUCUCUGUGCUACUGAUAGCUUCCAACGAACGCACCAAGGCCUUCAGGAGUCUCCCCGGCGCCAGCUCGGAUGCCAAAUGGGCACUCCUGGCCUCCGCGGUGACGGCAGUGGUAUUGAACAUCACUCAGUGGUAUGCUGUGCAAAAGUUGGGCGCAUUGAUGCAGAGCAUGAUCGGCAACCUCAAUCUUAUUCUGGUUAUGGCUCUUUCAGGCGCUUAUUUGCAAGAGCAUGUGACCUUUGCACAGUAUGUGGGUGUGUUGCUGCUGUCUUUGGGCACCUUCUGGAACAAGGCUCGGGAGAUCAUGAAGGAGCAGGCGGAGCAGGGCUCUCAAGACGGGAGCUGCGCAGAAAUUCAGACAGGCCAUGAUAAAUGA